AUGCAAGCCGCGGUGUGGAACCCGUGGAGCGCCCACCGGUCGACUCGGGAGAUUCACAACAGCCCCGAGACAACAACGACAACAACGACAACUACUACAACGACCACAACAACUACAACUCCCACCACCACCACUACCACCACCACUACCACCACCACACCCGCACCAACUACCACAACCACAACCACAACCACAACCAAAGCGUCCACCACGACACCUAGCUGGUGGACCAAGCGGCCGAAAACUAACCGGUGGACGGCCUGGCGGAAAACGAGCCGGACCAGCACCACCACCAGCACCACCACCAGCACCCCAACGCCUCCGCCGGUGACGGUGGUGCGAACGAACACCCUCGAGGAAGAGGAAGAUAUCAAGGCCUCGUCUAAAGAGGCGGCUGGCCAGUGUGUGGACCGGGUCAACCGGCUAGUGGGCCAUCUCUCGUGUAAACAGUUCAUCCAGCGGUACGGCUACCGGUACUGCUCGCGGAAAUACGUGCAGC